CGCUGUGGAGGAGGGUGGUGGAGCGGUUGAAGUGGCGGGGACACUUUUCAGGCCCUGUCACGCCCAGCAGCUCAUUGUAGGUGUCUCAGAUCGGGUUCGGAGAGGGUGGUUGCUUUACCCAAAGCCACGCAGCAUGUAUGGGUCCUCAAGUAGGCCUGGACCUGGCGGCCAGGCUCUGAGCCCUUUCCUGGGGGGCUGUCUCCAGGGGCCCCAGCAGGGGGCGCCCCAGACUCGUCCCGGCCCCUAGAUGCUCCUCCAGCCGAGCCUGGGACCCGGCCGCCGCUCCGCCCCCUGGGCCCAGGGAGCAGAGCUCAGCGCACCCCGGGCGCCCCGCCGCGCAGCCCAGCACCCUGAGAGUCUCGCCGCGCACCCCAGCACCCUGAGAGUAUCGCCGCGCACCCCAGCACCCUGAGCGCCCCGCCGCGCACCCCAGCACCCUGAGAGUCUCGCCGCGCACCCCAGCACCCUGAGAGUCUCGCCGCGCAGCCCAGCACCCUGAGCGCCCCGCCGCGCAGCCCAGCACCCUGAGCGCCCCGCCGCGCAGCCCAGCACCCUGAGCGCCCCGCCGCGCAGCCCAGCACCCUGAGAGUCUCGCCGCGCAGCCCAGCACCCUGAGCGCCCCGCCGCGCAGCCCAGCACCCUGAGCGCCCCGCCGCGCAGCCCAGCACCCUGAGCGCCCCGCCGCGCAGCCCAGCACCCUGAGCGCCCCGCCGCGCAGCCCAGCACCCUGAGCGCCCCGCCGCGCAGCCCAGCACCCUGAGAGUCUCGCCGCGCAGCCCAGCACCCUGAGCGCCCCGCCGCGCAGCCCAGCACCCUGAGCGCCCCGCCGCGCAGCCCAGCACCCUGAGCGCCCCGCCGCGCAGCCCAGCACCCUGAGCGCCCCGCCGCGCAGCCCAGCACCCUGAGCGCCCCGCCGCGCAGCCCAGCACCCUGAGCGCCCCGCCGCGCAGCCCAGCACCCUGAGAGUCUCGCCGCGCAGCCCAGCACCCUGAGAGUCUCGCCGCGCAGCCCAGCUCCCUGAGUCUCGCCGCGCACCCCAGCACCCUGAGAGUCUCGCCGCGCACCCCAGCACCCUGAGAGUAUCGCCGCGCACCCCAGCACCCUGAGCGCCCCGCCGCGCAGCCCAGCACCCUGAGCGCCCCGCCGCGCACCCCAGCACCCUGACAGCCGCACCCUGAGAGCCUCGCGGCGCACCCCAGCACCCCGGGCGCUCCUGGCAGCGCCGCCUCCCGCCGGUUGUAUGCUCCAGGCCUCCAUGAAGAGCCCAAACAUGGAGGCGUUCAAGCAGCAGAAAGUUGAGGACUUCUAUGACAUCGGGGAGGAGCUGGGGAGCGGCCAGUUCGCCAUCGUGAGGAAGUGUCGUGAGAAGAGCACGGGGCUCGAGUUCGCGGCCAAGUUCAUCAAGAAGCGGCAGAGCCGGGCCAGCCGGCGGGGCGUGGGCCGCGAGGAGAUCGAACGCGAGGUGGGCAUCCUGCGCCAGGUGCUGCACCCGCACGUCAUCACGCUGCAUGACGUCUACGAGAGCCGCAGCGACGUGGUGCUCAUCCUGGAGCUAGUGUCUGGUGGUGAGCUCUUUGACUUCUUGGCCCAGAAGGAGUCACUGAGUGAGGAGGAGGCCACCAGCUUCAUCAAGCAGAUUCUGGAUGGGGUGAGCUACCUGCAUGCCAAGCAAAUCGCCCACUUUGAUCUCAAGCCAGAAAACAUUAUGCUGUUAGACAAGAAUAUUCCCAUUCCACACAUCAAGCUGAUUGACUUUGGCCUGGCCCACGAAAUAGAAGAUGGGGUUGAAUUUAAGAAUAUUUUUGGGACGCCGGAAUUUGUCGCUCCAGAAAUUGUGAACUACGAGCCCCUGGGACUGGAGGCUGACAUGUGGAGUAUUGGAGUUAUCACCUAUAUCCUCUUAAGUGGCGCGUCACCUUUCCUGGGAGACACCAAGCAGGAGACUCUGUCCAAUAUCACAGCGGUGAGCUACGACUUUGAUGAGGAGUUCUUCAGCCAGACCAGCGAGCUUGCCAAGGACUUCAUUCGGAAGCUUCUGGUUAAAGAGACCAAGAAACGGCUGACAAUCCAAGAAGCUCUCAGGCACCCCUGGAUCACGUCCCAAGGCAAGGGGGGCCAGGCCCCGGAGCAGUGCAAGGCAGAGCCCCCCCAGCUGAAGACCAGGCAGCUGCGAGAGUACACCCUCAAGUGCCAUUCCAGCACGCCCCGAAACAGCUCCUACGCCGACUUCGAGCGCUUCGACCGAGUGGUGGAGGAGGUGGCGUGGGUGGCUCGGGGCUGCGGGGUGCUGGCCGGGGCCCAGGCCACCCUCCGAGACGACCUGGACGCCCUGCUGUCCAUCUAUAGCGAGAAGGAGGCCUGGUACCGGGAGGAGGGAGAGAGGGCCCGGCGCGAUGUGUCCCGGCUCGGCCGGUGGACACCCAGCAGGCCAUGGUGCGCAGGGAGUCGGUGGUCAACCUGGAGAAUUUCAAGAAGCAGUAUGCCCGCAGGCGCUGGAAGCGGAACUGUGAGAGCGACACAGAGGAGGACAUCGCCAGGAGGAGGGCCCUCCACCCACGACGCAGGAGCAGCACCUAACAGGCCACAGCGCCCCCCAACCCCUACCCAGGGAGGCCCGGGCCUUACGGUCCCUUUAUGGUCCCUUCUGUGCAGACUCUUAAUUCCCCAGCCCCUCACCUCCCCCAGGUACUCUGCACCCCAGAAGCACUUUGCAAGAGAGAUGGACCUGCAGCCUUUGGAAGCUUUGGCAGCGGGGGAGCCAGGAGACCGUGGAAGCUGGAGCUGUCUCUGAUGGGGGGGGGGGGGCCUAUUCGCCUCCCUAAGGCUCUCUCUUCUCCGUAAAAGGGGGUUUCAUCUCCCUGGGAUGGAGAAGCAGACUUCAGACAAGGCGCCUUCUCCAGUGGAGCUCAGCCCCCAGGGGCAGCCUUUGCUCUUGAUUGACUGAGUUCAGAACCAGCCUAUUCAAAAAGCACAGCCAGGGGAGACAGGCCUCCCCCCAUGGGAACAGAGCAACUGGCCGCUCUGAGUCUCAGGGUUAUGAGGGGUCAGUUCUGGAACCUUCCAAAGCCCGACCAGCACCAGCACUUCAGUCCUUCUGCAGCAGCCUGUUGCCAACCCACUGUGUCGUCUUAUUUUUUUCAUUUGUAUUAAAUACUCCUGAUUUA